UAGGCUAGUGUCAGUCUAGUUUUUGGCAAAAACCAAACACGGACUCGAGAACUUGGUAUGCUAAACGAGUGUGUGAGGAAGCGAAAUUAAUUGGCUGCACGGGAUGCGAUAAACCGCAAGAAACCGAUCAGACGAUUUUCUUUCUUCUUUUUUUUUUCUGGGUUGGAACGGUGUGAAAAUGUGCAGCCUGUCUCCGUAACAAGUGACCAUUCAUUGGGAUGCGCUUGUUUGGGGAGGGAAGGAUAGCUGUUGUUGCUGCAGUUGCAGCUGCCUCUGCGAUCCACGGGGACCGCGUCCUGUGUUUUUGCCAAAUAAUAGUGCACUACAGUAGGCUAUAUGCGCCGUUGAAUGGCGGCCGUGGCGUAGGCUACGCUUGCGCUGUAAGCAUCUACGCUGUUAGCAUCUCCAUCAAAUCUUCAAGCCACAUACUUGUCCCAAUAGAAGCUUGUGGUACGCCCGAAGGUGUGCAGGUGUAAGAAAAGAGCUUACUGGCACUUGGUCACAGAUGUGGAAAGCCUGGAUUUAGGACGUUUCAGAAUAUAGCCCGUCUGAUCAGAGGCUGACUCCUUCGGCUGCCUGCCCCUCCCGCCCAAUCAGACGGAAGUCCACAGCCAAUCAGAGCUGAGCACGCUCACACCGGGUGGGGGAGCGCCCAAGGACAUCCAAAAAAACAAAAAAAAACCCUCACAGCUCGAACCCAAGCCUGCCGCUGGUGGAGUCGGGCAGUUCACCCAGGGAGUGCUGGGACGUAAAUGAGCCUGCCCGUGCCUUGUGCCGCCUGACCCCGUAGCUGCAGCCGGACGAUGUGCUUCCUGUAGACCCCCGAACCCCGCGUGCCUGAGCCAGCCAUGAACCACGAGGAGGCGGAGCUGGGGGAGGAGCCGGUCGGCGGCAGGGCGGAGCUUAACGAGGCCGUGGAGGCGGACCUGGAGCGUCCCGAGGCGGGGGAGGAGCCUCGGCCCCAGCACCGGCGUCGGCACGACAACGGCGGGGGGCGACCCCGCGGGCAGAGCGGCCACGGGGCGGCGCCGGAGAACGGCGAGCGGCAGAACCAUCACCACGGCAACCAGCCCGCCCCCGCCGCCGCCCGGUACCGCCGGCACGAUGCCUCGGGCGGGGCCGGGAGCCGCUCCCGUGGCCAGCGGCGGUCCGUGGAGGAAACUGAGGUGGAGCAGCAGCAGCAGCAGCCCCUGCCACGCCCAGGCGUGACCCGGUACCGUCGGCAGGGCGAUAACGAGGCGCGGCUGAGGGCCCAGCAGCAGCGGCAGCAGCAGCGGCAGAGACAGAUGCAGCAGAGGGAGGCGGAGAGGGUGGAGCCUCAGCCCCAGGCCCCGCCUCCGCAGACCCCGCCUCCUGCGCAGGCCCCGCCCACUCAGCGGGAGGACCUGGAGGAGGACGAGGAGGGCGGGGACUCCGCGCUGGCCCGCUCCGCCAGCACGGAGAGCGGCUUCCACAACCACACGGACCGGGCGGAGGGGGACGUCGUCAUGGAGCCCGACGGCGAGGACGAGAGCGUGUACAGCACCCCCUACAGGCCGGAGGCUGAGGAGUACACCGAGAGCGCCGAGGCAGAGCAGCACGGGGGCUCCCCCCAGCCCCACCCCCAGCCCCGCCCCCAGCCACGCCCACAAGCCCACCCUCACCCACAGCCCCAGUACCCUCCCCAGCCUCCGCCGCUGCCCCAGGAACCCCUCCCAAACGUGGACAGGCCCCUCACCCAGGAUGCGGAGGCCCUGAACCCCUCCUACUCCAGCUACGUCUACACCCAGCAGCUGUACCGGAUGGGCGGGGCCGGCGGGAGGGGCGAGGCGGUGGAGGGGGCGGACCCCGAGGACGAGCCCUACGCCGAACCCUACGCCGACUACGGCGCGCAGGAGCACGUGUACGAGGAGAUCGGGGACGGCCCCCAGCCCGACGGCGAAGGGGAGGGGCCGGGGGAGGGCGAGGGGGAGACGGCCCAGCAGAGGAGGGCCGGGUUUCGCCUCUUCGAGCGGGACAGCUACCGCCAGCAGGAGGCGGUGGGCUCCCGGCUCCACCACUACGACGAGCGCUCGGACGGGGAGUCGGACAGCCCCGAGAAGGAGGCGGAGUUCGCCCCGUACCCCCGCAUGGACAGCUGCGAGCAGGAGGAGGACAUCGACCAGAUCGUGGCCGAGGUGAAGGAGAGCCUGAGCUCCCAGAGCCUGGACCGGGCCGCCGGGGACUGGCCCGAGUCCGAGGGCCAGCCGGGGGACGGGGACGCGGACGCCGCCGGGCCCCACGGGCAGGAGGAGGAGGAGGAGCAUCCGGAGGAGGAGGAGGAGGAGGAGGCGCGAGAGGUGCGCGAGGAGGUGGAGGAGGCGCCGGAGGAGGAGGAGGCGGCCAAGCAGCCCCCCCAGGAGGAGGAGCCCCUGCAGAGGCACAGCCGGGAGAAGAGGGACGCCAUCUCCCUGGCUAUCAAGGACAUCAAGGAGGCCAUCGAGGAGGUGAAGACGCGGACGGUGCGCUCGCCGUACACGCCGGACGAGCCCACCGAGCCCAUCUGGGUGAUGAGGCAGGACCUCAGCCCCACCGGGGACUGCGACCUGCAGCCGCCACUAGGGGCAGACUCUCCUGGCUCAGGCUCCACCUCUCCACAGGGGGCGGAGUCUUCCGGGCAACACCCAACCCUGCAUGAGAGCAGUGACAGCUUUGAGUCCCCUUCCCCAGCCAGCAAGGAGCCCAGGAGGAGUUUGGCCUCCUUCCCGACCUAUGUUGAAGUUCCUGGACCUUGCGACCCAGAGGACCUCAUCGAUGGCAUCAUAUUCGCCGCCAACUACCUGGGCUCCACCCAGCUUCUGUCGGACAAAACCCCGUCCAAGAACGUGCGCAUGAUGCAGGCUCAGGAAGCCGUGAGCCGGAUCAAGACGGCCCAGAAAUUAGCCAAAAACAGGAAGAAGGCUCCUGAGGGAGAGGCCCAGCCCAUGACCGAGGUGGACCUGUUCAUCUCCACCCAGCGAAUCAGAGUGCUGAACGCUGACACACAGGAGACCAUGAUGGACCACCCGCUGAGGACCAUCUCCUACAUCGCGGACAUCGGGAACAUCGUGGUGCUGAUGGCCCGGAGGAGGAUGGCCCGCUCCAACUCGCAGGAGAACGUGGACGCCCUGGACCCCGCCCAGGAGGAGAAGCGCCAGUACAAGAUGAUCUGCCACGUCUUUGAGUCCGAGGAUGCUCAGCUGAUCGCGCAGUCGAUUGGCCAGGCCUUCAGCGUGGCCUACCAGGAGUUCCUGCGGGCCAAUGGGAUCAACCCCGAGGACCUGAGCCAGAAGGAGUACAGCGACCUCCUCAACACCCAGGACAUGUACAACGAUGACCUCAUCCACUUCUCCAAGUCCGAGAACUGCAAAGAUGUGUACAUAGAGAAGCAGAAGGGGGAGAUUCUGGGCGUGGUCAUCGUUGAGUCUGGGUGGGGCUCCAUCCUGCCCACCGUCAUCAUCGCCAACAUGAUGCAUGCCGGCCCUGCGGAGAAGUCCGGCCGCCUCAACAUCGGAGACCAGAUCAUGUCCAUCAACGGGACCAGCCUGGUUGGCCUGCCUCUGUCUACCUGCCAGAGCAUCAUCAAGGGAUUGAAGACCCAGUCCCGGAUAAAGCUCAACAUCGUGAGGUGCCCCCCGGUGACCACCGUCCUCAUCCGGAGGCCCGACCUCAGAUAUCAGCUGGGCUUCAGCGUGCAGAACGGCAUUAUCUGCAGCCUUAUGAGGGGGGGGAUCGCCGAGCGAGGGGGGGUGCGCGUCGGCCACCGCAUCAUCGAGAUCAACGGGCAGAGCGUGGUGGCCACGCCCCACGAGAAGAUUGUGCACAUCCUGUCCAAUGCUGUAGGAGAGAUUCAUAUGAAGACGAUGCCUGCUGCCAUGUACCGCUUACUGACAGCCCAGGAGCAGCCAGUUUACAUCUGAGACUGACUGGAAAAACCCAGUGACCUUUGACCCCCUGAGCCCCCCCCCCCCCACCACUAGUGUUACCCUCCCUCCCCUCAAUCUCUCCUGUGCAUUAGUACAUUUAUGUAUGCUGCUCACCACUCCUUCCCCACCCUGUGUGUGUGUGUGUGUGUGUGUGUGUGUGUGUGUGCGUGUUUGUGUCAUACCGAAGGAGCUUGCGUCCUUAUCAUUUUCUUCCCCUUUUAUUUUUUAUUUGGAAUCCACUGGCUGCUGGUUUGUUUGGAUUUUGGUCUCUCAUAUUUGAUUUAUGUAUGAUGUUUAACAUGAAAACACACACACAAACACACACACACACACACACAAACCGUGUGCGCUUCUCUGGUACGUAGAGGCAUCUUGAUGGCCUUUGUACUGAUUUACAGAACAUUCCUCCUCUGUCGGGUUCCAGUGGGUAAGGGGGGGGGUGGGGGUGUGGGGGGAGUCUGCUCACCUGAGAUUCCACCCCCCCUCCCCCAUCCCACUCUUUCACAUUUUCAUUUAACAAGCAUUCCUUAAGAUACACGUCUUUCUGCCACCCCGCCCCCCCCCCCCCAAACACCCCCCACCCCACACACAGAGGGAAACAACAUAAAACUGGACCAAGAUUAAAAUUAUACAUCUGCAAAUGUUCCAAGGUAAUUCACUUUUUUUGGGGGGGGUGGGGGGGGGACUUUUCCACAAAAUAGUUGAACAGAGCAGGCCUAUUUUAAGGACUUCACAGGCUGGUUUCUCCAGCUGAGGCUCAUAAUUAACAUUCACAGGAUUCUUUUUUUUUUUAAAUCACAGAUAAUUCUGUAUACUCAUGAUGCAGGAAAAUAGUAUUUUCUCUGAUGUCAGUCAGGUUUUACCCAGCACCAGUGGCUCUGACUCAAAGCGGUAUCUGUCUGUCUGUCUGUCUGCUGGUGAUAGGCUGUUGCCAGCUCCUCUCUCUCCAGUGUGGGAACAAGCCUGUAGAGAGCCCUGGACGGAUAAAAGAAGCAUCCGUAUCGCGGUAGCAUUCUGGAAGAGCAUCGAAAAUGAAAAGUAAAAAUUUACCAUUUUGCAGUAACUAUGUUUGGACUCGGCAACAAAUUUGAAAGUUGGGGAAAAAAUGAAUUAAAUCUGACCUUUGUAGCAUCUUUCCUAAAGCACAGUCCUGCAGAGAAGUCUUACUGAUAGGGAGUUUAGUUUUUUUAUUUAGUUUUUCUUUAAGUGCAAUAUAUAUUUUUAAAAUGUAAGAUAUAACAUUCCUCUGUUUUUUUUUCUUUCUUAGUUUUAUUGAAUAUUCAAUAUUUAUGAAAGGGUGAUACUGCAAUUUUUCAUUUUCUCCUCAGGGCAUUCACGUUUUGACCACUUUUUAAUACUUGAAAAUAGAACCUUUUUCCCCCGAAAACUUGAAAAAUGGCGGGAGGGGAUUUCAUGUGAAUUUAUUUCGUUUUUUGGAGGGGGAGGGGGAAGGGGAAUCUCAGACCAAAGCAACGAAGAAGCUCAAAACAAACUAACAGACGAAGCAUGAAGCUGUACAUCAUGCUGUGACCGUUCUCCAGAGAUAUAGGGUCACAGCUGCAGUACAGUGUAAUGUGGAUGCACACCCUACUGCAUGACUGGAAUGUAAGCACUAGCUAUAAAUGUACCAUACAUUACUCCAUGAUCCCUUUCUGGAAUUUACUAAACCUGGGUAAAACUAUUAUUUGAAAAACUUAAAAGUUUUUGUUUAUUUGAAAAACAUUUUAGAGGCCAGGACAACUCCUGCAGAUUGCUGACAUUUUUAAAACAUCUAUUUUAUCCAAUAUCUUUAAAAAAAAGUAUUCAUUCAUGCAGUAGGAUUGUAUGUUUUUGGUUAGUAAC